AUGUAUCCCUUUGAGCGAGAGAUGGGUACCUUGAAAAAUAGAGUGAUGAAUCCGGCCAAACCUGAAGCUAGUAUUGUCCAACGAAUCGUUGCUGAGGAAGUUGCUGCAUGGGUUGAUCAAUAUUUGGAAAGUUUGAAAGAAGUUGGAGUACCAAAGUCUCGACAUGAAGGGAGACUUGGGGGUCAAGAUAAGAAGUAUUGUUACUACGGAGUCGUUGAAGAAAUAUUAGAGUUGCAAUAUAAGGAAUUUAAGAUGCCUCUAUUCCGGAGCAAGUGGGUUGAUAAUAAUCGCGGUGUUAGAGAAGAUGAACAUGGUUGGUCAGUUAUUCUUGAAGGCAAAACAAGAAUACUUGGCGUCAAGGAUGUAGAUGAUGAAGAAGAAUAUGAUGAGAAGUUUAAUGAGACUCCACCUUCCUCAUGGCACAUUCCUAAAACAAUUGAUGAUGUUAACAUAAGUUUUAUUCGUCGAGAUCACGGUGAAGGAUUUUAUGUUGCAAAAGAGAAAGAAACCUCGAUCCCGCGCGAUAACGUGAAGGUGAGCGUUGGUGAAUUUGAGCCAGCGUAUAAAGAACCUUCAGUCCCCGUGCCUUCUCAAUAUAUAAAGAAACUUGGACAAGCUCAUGGUACUUUCACUCAGUGGCCAAAGAAUUUGGUUUCGCUUGUGAUGAGUGCUAAGGUAAACAAGCCUGCAAGCAAAGAGCCUAAUGAGAAAAGGGCUACAAGCAAAUGGCCUAAAGGGAAAGAGUGCAAUCGUAUGAAAAGUGUGAUUUCUAAAUUAAAAGAAGGGGAGGAUGUUAAGUUGCAAGGUAGUCAAAGGGAAUUCAAUUUUGACAACGACCGUGAAAUUACUAUCGUCGUUGAAGACAUCAAUCAACUUCUCUCGAGAGCAUGGCUCAAUAUAUCGAUAUUGCAAGUUCUUAUAUUGGCUUUAUAUGAGUCGUGUGAUGAUGAUGAUAAUCCCGCCAAUGCUUUGGGAUUCAUGUGCUCGGAGAUGAUCUCGGAAACCAUGUUGUAUGGUGAUAUAAAUCGUGUUCUAUUAUACAUGUCGAAAUCCAUGGUCUACAUAUUUGAUUCUAUGCAGAAGAGGAGAAAUUUGAUGAUUAAGAACAAAUUGAACAUGGAUUUUCGGAGUUACAAGGCACAAACUGGAAAAUCUAAAGGAACUAAAUUGAAUUGGAUUGCGGCACAUUGUCCUCAACAACCGGGAUCACUAGAGUAUGGCUACUACGUCAUGUGUUUUAUGUACGAUAUAUUUACAAAGCAUCAUGAUAGUCAAGAUCUUACUACGGAUUAUUCAAGAACAGAGUCUUUUUCAUUGGAGGAGAUUAAUGAGGUUAAAGAAUUUUGGGCUGAUUACUUUAUGACCAAUUCCGAUUUAGAUCUAGCUAGCUAG